AUGUUCCACAAGAAUAGAAUGGAGGCGCAUUAUAGCAGAAUAGCCGCCAAAAAGAAAUUCGCGCCAACUGGCGGUGGCAGAGAACGAGACUACCCCAAAGACGAGGACGACCCUGGACUCCUUGCGUCAGCGAUCCCGGAGGACACGCCCCACAUUCCUUACAAGCCUCUGCAGAGGUCGAACGACGAGGUGUUGCAAAGGUCACGCGAGUAUUACGAACUGAUGGCAAAGAGACGCACAGUGAGGAGCUUCAGCACAGAGCCUAUUCCUCAGGAGGUGCUCGAUAACUUGGUUAAAACUGCCGGGACAUCCCCGUCUGGCGCGCACACGGAGCCGUGGACGUUCGUCGUCGUCCAGGACCGGGAGACAAAGAGCAUGAUCAGGAGCAUCGUGGAGGAGGAGGAGGAGGCGAACUACUCGCAGCGGAUGUCCAGGCAGUGGGUGGCGGAUCUGAGGCCGUUCGCGACGCGCCCCACCAAGCCUUACCUGACGGACGCGCCAGCUCUGAUACUGGUGUUCAGGCAGACCCACUCCUGGAGGGAAGACGGGCGGAAGAGGAUGCACUACUACAGCGAGCUCAGCGUCGCGAUAGCCGCGGGGUUCCUGCUUGCCGCCAUCCAGUACUGCGGCCUGGUCUCACUCACCUCCACUCCCCUCAACUGCAACUCCCGCCUGAGAGAUCUCCUCUCGAGGCCUCCCAACGAGAGGCUGGAGCUCCUGCUGCCAGUCGGAAGGCCACAUCCCAAGGCCACAGUUCCAGACCUCCAAAGGAACCCUUUGGAACGAAUCAUGGUCAAAGUG